AUGAUUGUUAUAUUUAACUGUUCAGAUCCCAACGACCAGAGGUUUGUCUCCCAGACUGUGGUCCAACAGCCUGUGUCUGCAUCAGCUCAGCUGGGAGACCCUGUGGCUCUCCAGUGCUCUAUUACCUCCCAGAGGACGGACCACAGUAACCAGUGCCAAGGGGAACCCAGUGUGUACUGGUUCAGAUCAGGACCAUCUCACCCUGCUGCUAUUUACAUGAAUGGAAACAGGAGUGGUGAAUGUCAGAAUAGUUCUGGGACUCCGUCUGCUCCACAGAGCUGUGUCUACACUCUCCCCAAGAACAAUGUAGACUCCUCUGAUGCUGGGACUUACUACUGUGCCCUGGCAGCAUGCGGGGAGGUUGUGUUUGGAAAUGGAACCAAGCUGGCCAUAACAGAACUCGGCAUGAAUAAAGUUACCCUGGUGCUUGGAAUACUGUUGGCUUGCUGUCUGGUUGUGAUUAUAAUCCUCUUUCUAACCAGAAAUAAAAAGCAUGUUUGUGAGCAUUGCAAAGGAACACAGAGUCCCUCCUACCAGGUUGAUCAUGACUCAGUGAUUCAGGAACAGGACGGGGAAACAGAUUCCUUGAACUACGCAGCGUUGAAGUUCUCUGCCAGGAAAACCCGUGGAAUGAAGAAGAACAGUGCAAGGACUGAGGAGAGUGUGUAUUCUGCUGUGAGAGAAACUUGCCACUGAAGUCCAUCCACCUGGCCCUUGCAUUGUUUGAAUUUCUUAAUAUUGUAGUCUGGUUGAUGUUCAUUAAAUUGCUUAAGAUUAACAAGUUUAUGAAUAGCACUUAACAGCACUGGUAGGUGGUAAGUUGAAACUAUUUUAGUUUGAAAUGGGGAUGAACCCGCAUUCAAAUAUCAUUUGAGGUUCCCUAGUAAAUUAACUUUCAGGCAUUGCUGUUAAUAAAUAC